AGCCCGCCAGCCAGCGGCAGCUCCUCUCCGCAGUGCUUUGGCUGAGAGCCUGGGCGGCGGCGCUUGACUUUCGGGGAGCCCCGUGGCUCGGACAAGCUUACUCCUCCGAGCUAAGCGCCCUCCCCUGACUGCCUCUGAAAUCCUUACAACCAUGAGGGAACACCUCAAAGGCCACGAGACCCAAACAACUUGUUGGGACCAUCCCAAAAUGACAGAGCUCUACCAGUCUUUAGCUGACCUGAAUAACGUCAGGUUCUCCGCUUAUAGGACUGCCAUGAAGCUCAGAAGACUCCAGAAGGCCCUUUGCUUGGAUCUCUUGAGCCUGUCAGCUGCAUGUGAUGCCUUGGACCAGCACAACCUCAAGCAAAAUGAUCAGCCCAUGGAUAUCCUGCAGAUAAUUAACUGUUUGACUACUAUUUAUGAUCGUCUGGAGCAAGAGCACAACAAUUUGGUCAAUGUCCCUCUCUGUGUGGAUAUGUGUCUCAACUGGCUUCUCAAUGUUUAUGAUACGGGACGAACAGGGAGGAUCCGUGUCCUGUCUUUUAAAACUGGCAUCAUUUCUCUGUGUAAAGCACACUUGGAAGACAAGUACAGAUCCUUUUUCAAGCAAGUGGCAAUAACUGGCUUUUGUGACCAAUGUGAGUUGGGUCUUCUUCUGCAUGAUUCUAUUCAAAUCCCAAGACAGUUGGGUGAAGUUGCCUCCUUUGGGGGCAGUAACAUUGAGCCGAGUGUCAGGAGCUGUUUCCAGUUUGCCAAUAAUAAACCCGAGAUUGAAGCCGCUCUCUUCCUUGACUGGAUGCGUCUGGAACCCCAGUCUAUGGUGUGGCUGCCGGUCUUGCACAGAGUGGCUGCUGCUGAAACAGCCAAGCAUCAAGCCAAGUGUAACAUCUGUAAGGAGUGUCCAAUCAUUGGAUUCAGGUACAGAAGCCUGAAACACUUUAAUUAUGACAUCUGCCAAAGCUGCUUUUUUUCUGGCCGAGUUGCAAAGGGCCAUAAAAUGCACUACCCCAUGGUAGAGUACUGCACUCCGACUACAUCUGGAGAAGAUGUCCGUGACUUUGCCAAGGUACUGAAAAACAAAUUUCGAACCAAAAGGUAUUUUGCGAAGCAUCCCCGAAUGGGCUACCUGCCAGUGCAGACUGUGUUAGAGGGGGACAACAUGGAAACGUGA